CCUCCUUCCUGCUCACCUCUCCCUCCUCGCUGCCCUCCUCAGUCCACGCUCUGACUGCCAGCUUCCCCAGCUCAGCACCCAACCCGGUCCUCCCAUGCUGUCACCAAGGCCUCGAUCCUGCACAUCUCCCGACGCGGACAGGGAGAACCCAGGCAAGAAGAUUCAGUGGACUGCAGAGCGGAGGAGGAGGACGUCAUCCACGGACUCAGAGUCCAAGUCCCACACAGACCCCUGCAGGCUGGCCAGGUCCCGGAGACACAGCCGGCUGACGGUGAAGUACGACCUGGGGCAGCUGCAGCGCUGGCUGGAGAUGGAGCAGUGGGUAGAUGCGCAGAUUCAGGAACUCUUCCAGGAUCAAGCAGAACCUUCUGAGCCAGAGAUUGACCUGGAGACUCUCCUGGAGCUGUCCACAGAGGAACAGAAGAUGCAGUUGGAGGGCAUUCUCCAAAACUGCCCCCGCCCGACCGAGGAUUUUAUCUCUGAACUGCUCAGUCAACUCAAAAAACUUCGGAGACUCAGCCGGCCUCAGAAAUAAGCCUGGAGAGGCCAUCCUCAGCAGCCUCCGCACUGCCAGGCCUUCAGGACCUCCUGGAUCCUAGUUGGGUGGGAAGCACCUCCUUGGGAUCCAAAUAAGGACCAAGGACAAUGAAGGACACUCGCACACCUCUAGCGUAUGUACAGUCACAGCAGGUUCUCUCGGCUGUGCUCAGAGCCAGUACUAGCUGCUGUCCAUGCUUUCCUCAGCAGCUGUGUGGAUAAAAUCCUAAGGAGCCCUA